GGUAGCCCGGAGGAUCAGCACAGCCGCACUAGAGGCGCCUCGGAUCAAUCAACUGCCAUAGCCGAGCAAGGGCGAGGUCACCAUAUCUCAUAUUUUCCAACAAAGUCGCCUAGAGCUUGUGCUCGCACGUCGAAGUGCUUUGCCAUUAUGCUCCUUCUGCGUCUCACCGUCUUAGGUUUGUGAAAUUACCAACUGUUUUCUGAUCUGGUGCUGCAGAAACGCUUGGUGUCCGUCUUCGCGUGAGAGAGAGGGAGAGAGAGAGAGAGAGAGAGCGAGAGGGGGGGGGGGGGGGGGUAGGAGAGGGGGGGAAAUGGCGGAUCCUGUGCGCCGGUGCCUGAAGCUCCUUGUUUUGACGUUGGUGCUUGCUGAGUCUGUCGCAUUUCUCGGUUGUCACGCGAAAGGCAAUGGUGAGGCGAGGCUGCAGCGGGGCAGCGUAUCCGAGGAUGAUUCUUCUCUUUUCCGAUCUGGAGAAGUGUCGGGAGCAGAGCGCAGAGAGCUGUCUACCACGAGCUGUAAGCUUGUGUGGGUGGUGAAGAGCGGUAAACGUCAGUGCACUUGCAGUACUACAAAGAAUUGUAAACUUGUGUGUGUAGUCAAGAAUGGCGCGCACUGGGGCAUCGUGAAACCCAAGGGCUUGCUCUUCAACGCCGGCGACGGCUCUACUUUCAUCAUGAACGGCUGGAACACCCGUGACGUUGUGUACAACGCCCGGACUGCUCCAGGUCGUGCUAGGGUCACCAAGCUCUUCACCCACGCGCGUUCUAUGGGACUGACGGUCGUCCGGGCGAUGAUCUGCAACGAAGGAUCAUCACGUAUGGUUCAGAAGUCUCCUGAUGUCUUCGACGAGACUGUGCUUGUUGCUAUGGACUGGGUCAUGCGCGAGGCCAAGACAUUCGGCAUCCGCUUGGUUCUUACAUUCGCCGGCAACUGGGAAAGCAAGGCCGUGUACGCCUCUUGGUACAAGCAGAGGUCCGGCAACAACAUGACCGUACCGGACGACUUCUUCCGUGUGAAGGAGAUGAAGGACUGGUACAAGGCGCUCGUAAGGAAGGUCAUUACUCGGAAGAACACUAUCACCGGCAUGCUCUACACCGACGAGCCUGCCGUAUUCUCCUGGCAGUUGAUGAACGAGCCGCGCGCCACGUCCGACCUUACCGGCAAGACGGUGCAGAAUUGGCUUCGUGAGAUGGCGGUUUUCGUCAAGAGUUUGGACAAGAAGCAUAUGGUCUGUACCGGCGUGGAGGGCUUCUACGGACCGUCCGAUCCUUCGCGCUACCCUUUCAAUCCAGACACGUGGGCUCAGGAGCAAGGUAAUGACUUCGUAGCCGAGGGGAAGAUCGCCAACAUCGACUACUUGACCGUCCAUAUCUAUCCUCAGCUGUGGAUUCCCAAGCGGCCCUACUCGACGAUGCUGUCUUUCACGAGCAAGUGGAUCCUUGGCCACGUUGAAGACGGUCGCAAGCUGAAUAUGCCUUUGGUGUUUGAGGAGUUCGGCUGGAAGGGCGACGAUGUGAAUGCCACCCAAGGCAGGAAUGGCUUCUUUCAGGUGGUUUUCAAGGAGACCUUGGCCGCUGCCCAGGGGAAGCAGAUGGCAGGGACUAUGUUCUGGGCCCUGGAAGAUCCAGCUGCCUUCUUUAGCUCCUGGGCUGUCUGGUACGAGAGAGAUAUCAAUUCUACCAUCUCAAUGAUAUCUAAUUAUUCCCUCGAAAUCAAUAAGCUGAUGAAGUCGUUCAGAUUUACCGCCACGUGAUGGGUUUCUUCCCUGUCUCUCAGUCUCUGUCGGUUACUGGUAGGUUUGGUUUGUGCGUCAGGACCCCUGCUUUAGCUGCUGGUUAGGCGUCGAAUAGUGCUGCUCUGGGGGCUGUCGCAAUGUCCGUAUCGUUUGUAGAUAUUACAGUGAGAAAAAGAUUUUGGGGUGGGCAGUGACGAAGGUGGCUGGUUGCAGCAGCUGUAUAGACAGGGAAUGGAGGGUUUUUUGCACGUCUCUAGUAGCUGGACUCUGGAAGGGACGUCUCCAGGAACUUUGCUUUGUACGUUGGGACCCCUGCUCAGGUCGUUAGGUGCUUAAUAAUGAGGGUGUUGAGGGAUUCGUAUAUAGUAAUACCUAUUUUCAUAUUUUUGACUUUCAAAAAUAAGCGGGAAAAUUGAUGCAGCAGAGGGGGGUGCGUUCAUGGUGAUAAUCCGGAAUCCCGUGGAGAGGGGUGACGAAGAGAAAUUCAAUGCUGGAAUUGCAGUACUAUACUGUAAAACCAUACAGCCCUAGGCGUGCGGACUGGGAGUCCUUUAUUUUUGCGGGCUGGGAAUCCUGCUGCUGUGCAGUGUGCACACUUAUGGUACUUAGGAGGCUUUCGGAAAAUUAAUCGGUCGAAUGCGAACGACGUUUGGCAUUUUGCUUUUGCUUUCUUUCUCUGUCGAUGCUGCAUUGAGAAUCGUCCAUCCGGUUCGAAUAAUUAAAUUCCUGUAAUUAUUUUCCGGUUAAAUGAGCGUCAUUUCUGCUACCGCGCAUCGACCUGA